AACCGUCAUUUUCCUACUCGCCCUCUGACAUCAGCCACCUUCUCUGUAGCUACAGUUUCUCUGCACUCAAAUUAAUCCCUGGCAACGAAAAAUGAGCCUCUCCCCCACCCCUGCAGCCGCCUUUCUCCUCACGCCCCCAGAGAAGAGUUUCUUCGCGAGGCAGCCGGUGAAGGUUUUUUUCCAAGUCACAUGAUCCAGGAUGCAGGGGAGAAUCCUUCUUGGAACCGAGAUGGGCCCAGAACCGAAUUAGAUGAGAGAUAAGGUGUGAUGUGGGGAAGACUAUAUAAGAAUGGACCCAGGGCUUCAGCAAGCAUUCAACCGAGUGGCCCCUGCUCAAGACACAGCCAUGCAUGUGCCAGCGGGCUCUGUCACCAACCACCUGGGAACCACUAGCCGCAGUUACUUCUAUUUCACCAUGGCCACGCUGGCUCUGUGUCUCGUCUUUGCCGUGGCAACCAUUAUGGUGUUGGUAGUUCAGAAGACGGACUCCAUUUCCACCUCAACGGGCCAAUUCUCCCUUAAAGGAGGAAAUUGCUCAGAAGACAUCUCAUGUAUCCUGAAAAGGGCUCCAUUCAAGAAGUCAUGGGCCUACCUCCAAGCGUCAAAGCAUAUAAACAAACCCGAGCUGACUUGGAACAAAGAUGGCAUUGUCCAUGGAGUCACGCAUCAGGACGGCAAUGUGGUGAUCCAGUUCCCAGGUUGGUACUUCAUUGUUUGCCAACUGCAGUUCCUCGUGAAAUGCACAAAAGGCUCUGUCGACCUAAAGUUGGAGCUUCUCAUCAACACAGAUGUGAAAAAGCAGACACUGGUGACAGUGUGUGAGUCUGGAGUGCAAACCAAAAGCAUAUACCAGAAUCUCUCUCAGUUUCUGCUGGAGCACCUGCAGGUCAACACCACCAUAUCAGUCAGGGUGGACAAAUUCCAGUAUGUGGAUACAAACACCUUUCCUCUUGAGAAUGUGUUGUCCGUCUUCUUAUACAGUAGUUCAGACUGAACUAUUUCUCCUGGCCUUCAGGAAGAAAGCAACUCUCCACCAUACAGUACUUCACCCAUCCAACACUUGGGCAGAAUGAAAACUUUACACCAAGACUGAAACCACAGAGCACAUUAAAUAGCAUGCUUCUCCUUCUGUCUCUUGAGAAGAUGCAGCUCCAGGCUUAAAAAGAGAGUUCUGAGUGAAGCAUCUUCCAGAGAGAAGGCAGGGAAACAAUGUGGUGUGGUGGACAGAGCCCCACAUGGGGACCAGAGGCAUGGAUUUACACCCCAGCCCAACCACUGACUCACUGUA